GAUGACAAAGAAGACAUCGGCAAGGCGUGAGAAGGCUGGGAGACUACCUCGAUGGACGGUCAGAUCGUUGGUAUCUGUACUUCAACCAUCGACGAGAAAUGCCAAGCGUUCGACACUCUCGUUGUCUAUUGCGCAACCCUCAGAGGCCAGUUCGCACCAUACCUUACUCAAAGCCUAGAGCUCUCCCUCCCCGCUCUAAAAUUCUACUUCCACGACGGCGUUCGUGAAGCUACGAACUCAUUCCUUUACUUUCACUUGUGGAAAGCAGAGCGGAACAUUGACAUCACAAGCAAUUCCAUGGUAUCCUACAGUGUCUCGAUGACGACGCCCGCCUACUCCCCUGCACCUUCCAACCCCAAUCUCACGGCGCCCCAUUGCCCCCCGCUCGCUAAUCCAGCGCCCUUACUCCCGCACCCUAUGGACCCAACACCUCGAAGGGCGGGGGCUUCGCCCCACUACUCCCUCAACUCCCUCUACGCUCAUCUUCCCUCAUCAAAUGAACUUUCCUCAGCACCUGACCCAACCGUUCUUCACUGCCACCCCGCCACCUUUUCAUCGGCCAUCUGA